UUUAACUAUAUUCCGUGUUAAUCCUAUAAUCCUAUUUUGGUAAUAAGACUGCAUUUAUUACGCAUCCUCCUUGUUGAGUCUUCUCCGCAGUCCUCCUAGCCCCAGCUUCCCCCUCUCUGGCUCACUGAUCAGCCUGAAAGUUCCUUUACAUAUUUCUCGAGUUACAAUCCACAAGUAUAAAGCGCUACAGAGGAAAAGCACGAGGAGGUAAAAAGAAAGUAUUUUGAUAUGCAGGCUAUGGAUAUUUCUGUUGCAUUUCCUCAAGCAACUCCAGCUUCCAAGUUUCCUCAGUGCAAAUCUGACUAUUAUGAGUUUAAUGACCUGCUUACUCCUGAUGAGAGAAAUCUCAGAAUGAAAGUCAGAGAGUGCAUGGAAAAAGAAGUAGCGCCGAUAAUGGCAAAGUACUGGGAAAAGGCCGAGUUUCCCUUUGAAAUAAUUCCAAAACUUGGUGCUUUACGCAUGGCUGGUGGCACCAUCAAGGGGUAUGGCUGUCCUGGACUCUCUUUAACAGCGAGUGCUGUUGCUGUAGCAGAAGUUGCUAGAGUUGAUGCCAGCUGCUCAACUUUUAUUCUGGUUCAUUCUUCUUUAGCUAUGCUAACGAUAGCACUUUGCGGGUCAGAGAUACAAAAGCAGAAGUAUUUACCAUCAUUGGCCACGCUGGAUACUAUAUCAUGUUGGGCACUUACAGAACCGGACUAUGGGAGUGAUGCAAGUUCUUUGAAAACAGUUGCAACAAAGGUUGAAGGAGGUUGGGUCAUAGAAGGUCAAAAGCGUUGGAUAGGAAACGGUACAUUCGCAGAUGUACUCAUAAUUUUUGCUAGAAAUGCUGGUACAAACCAGAUAAAUGGAUUUAUAAUAAAGAAAGACGCACCUGGAUUGCAAGCCACUAAAAUAGAGAAUAAGAUUGGCCUGAGGCUGGUUCAAAAUGCAGAUAUUCUCCUAAACAAAGUUUUUGUGUCAGAUGAGGACAGAUUACCUGGAGUUAAUUCUUUUCAGGAUACAAAUAAGGUUCUUGCUGUCUCGCGUGUCAUGGUUGCAUGGCAACCAAUUGGCAUCUCAAUGGGUGUUUAUGAUAUGUGCCACAGGUACCUAAAAGAGAGGAAGCAAUUCGGUGCUCCAUUAGCUGCUUUCCAGAUCAACCAACAGAAACUGGUCCAAAUGCUGUCAAACAUUCAGGCGAUGUUUCUUGUUGGCUGGCGCCUUUGCAAGCUGUACGAGAGUGGUAAAAUGACUCCUGGUCAGGCGAGCUUAGCGAAAUCCUGGAUUACACUGCGGGCAAGAGAGACUGCAUCACUUGGCCGCGAACUUUUAGGAGGCAAUGGAGUCUUGGCAGAUUUUCUAGUAGCAAAGGCGUUUUGUGACAUGGAACCAAUCUACACAUAUGAAGGUACCUACGACAUAAACACCCUAGUAACAGGAAGAGAAAUCACUGGUAUUGCAAGCUUCAAGCCAGCUCCUUCAAGUAAAAGGAGUCGCUUGUAAUUGUUUUUCAAUGUUGUUGAUUGAUGAUCAUCUAUGUUCUCUGAGAAGUGUGAAAUAGGAGCAGCUCUCUUCCUGGCCCUCACUCUGCUCACAGGUCUUGCGGGCACUGUAAACUGGUCAACAUAUACAUAAUAAAAUAAAAUAAGUUUGAUAAGAGAAAAACUUUGCAUUUGCUUAGAGGCAACAUGUGCGCCAAGAGUUGGAAAUAAUGCCCAUUUGAGUUUUAAUUGUUUUGGUGGAUGUGUUCUUUUAGAUGAGUGAAUUGUGUUCUCAAUAUGGCAGUCCAUUUGUAGUCCUUCAAUUAUACGAUUGUAUUCUCUAUGUCCCAUGGCACUCGUUCAAGUUGUUAUUCAGGUCAAAUAAUAUUUUAUCCUAGCUCUUGUUCUCAUACCAUAUUUCACAUCAUAAAUGUGUGUACCAUAAAGAAGCUCAGGGUUGCCUAUUAUCUAGGAGUACAUAACAACUUAAUAAAAAAGAAAAAAAAAUCUAUAAAUAGGAUUUGAAUAGAAUAUAUUUCAUCGAAUUGGUAUAUCAUUUUGUUCUCCAGUAUUUGUUUCAUUCACUAAUAAAAGAAGCAAUAUUGAGUUAAUGACUACUUGUACUCUGUUUUAAAAACCGACCCGACUCGGCCGGGUUGACACGGAGCCCGGCGACCCAGCAAAAAACCCGGUCUGGUUUGUUCAAAACCCGG